AUGCCGCACGUCAUCGAGGAGUUCCUGGUCGAGAAUACGAAUGAAAAAUACAUUAGUGAUUUGGCCCAGGAAACAGUGAAUAAUUUGGUCACGUUCAUGAAAGCAGAUCAAACUGAAAUCUCUCAACUUACAUUAUCUUCUCGCGAAUCAACAAAAUUAUCAACAAAUACUCCAGAUUUCUUUGACGAUUAUUCUGACGGCGACGACUUCAAUUGCGAAAACAGCGAUUUUCAAGAAGACGAACGCGUCACAGUAAUUAAUCCCCUCUUAAAUAAUCAAAUAAGAAGUAGCAGCUCUUUCGUUUCUCUUUCAGAGGGCAACAAUAUGCCAUCAAUUGAAAAUGAAGGAAUUAGUUUAAAUACAGAGAAUUGGAUUACACGUCGCGAAGAAACAAUCAAAAGAAUUGACCAAUUUGUUGAGCAGGAACGCGUUAUUCUAAUACGUGCACCGCCAUUUACUGGGAAAACAGCACUUUGUAUUUUGUUGGAAGAAUACUAUCGAAAAAAAGGAACUCCCGUAAUUCAAGUAUGCUUUCUGGGCGUAGAAGAUUUACCAUUUGAAGAAUUUUGGGUGAAUGAAACAGGAAAAAGCUGGAAAUACUGGUUAAAUCCGAAACACGGAGAACGAGUGAUAAUUCUAGACGAAACACAUCAUAUAUUUGAUGGACAGCAAUAUGAAGCAUUUUGGCUUCGCAUUAAAUCUUUAUGUCGUCAAGGAUCAUUAGGUCGAGAUACCAUAAAAGUAAUUGCUUUUUCAACUGGCGGAAGGUUAGCGACAUUAGCACAAAGCCCGGUAGAUUUUCAACAAAAAUACGGAUUUGGAUUAGUUCGAUGUACGGAAUCGGAAUUGGUUGAACUUGUUGACGCGUUCAAUAAUUUCAAUGCAAAAAAAAAAAUUUUUGUUAGUAAAAAGAUUGCAAGACACAUUAUGGACUUUACGGCGGGACACUUAGGAUUAAUUCGUUGGAUAUUGAAUGGGAUUGAUAAUUAUUUUUCUUAUCGUGGUACAAAUUACAAGACCACUACAGAUAGUGAGAUAAUGUCAUAUUUCACUUCACCCGAUUUCAUAGAGCACGUGAAAGCUCAUCGUGGUGCACCGCUUUACAAAUUCAACAAGGAAGAGGGUGAAGUAAUCGAUAAACUAUUACUCAAGGACGAACUUCGUAUCCAUUCGACGGGUCCAAAUCCAGCAGUGACAGCACUUUUGAAGGCUGGAGUCUUGUUUUAUAUUGAUGAUAAAGGACCAGAAUUUAUCUUACGAGAAGGGCGAGUUGGUUUCGUGUCACCAGUUGCACGUCUAUUGUCAUUUUUUCAUCGUUGUGUUUCCACAAAAAAUCCACUUGAAGAAGGAUUUACGCUACAAGAUUUAGUGCGUGAGGCACUGGCACGACUUAAUUCACAAGCUUUGACACAUAGCUUUUGUCGAUCAAAAGAUGGUGUUCGAUUGCUUGAACGUGUUUGGCAAAUGGAAUUCUAUCGUGCCAUUUACAGUUGUCUACCUGAUGAUAUGCAUAUUUCUCCGGAUGUUGGUAAAAUAUUUGCGGUUGAUGGUGCUGUUGAUUUCUAUAUUUCUGAGCCGCAAUGGGCAAUUGAACUGCUUAUCGAUGGAAGUGACUUAAAACGACAUCAUGAACGAUUUCAAGACGGCGGCACUUAUUCUUCAAUUCCAAUAAAGUCGUUUCUAUUAGUUGACAUACGAGAAACCAAAACAUUAGUAAAAUCUUAUCCAAACACAUGGCACAUCACGCCAAACAAAAAUUUCACCAUUUUCUCUGUAACCGACGGCUCAAAUUCAUUUGAUGUUGCUCGAAAACGCGAGGAAACGGAUGACUGGGAGCGAAUUCGUAAACGGCAGAAUCGACAAGAAGUGGUUGAAAAUCUUGAGAAAUUGGUUGAUUUUUUAACAAAACGUGAGAAGUAUUUGAGAGAACGUGGUGCGAAUGAUGAAGCAAACGAAGUACAACGACAAUUGGAUCAAGUGGCUGAAGAAUUGACGCAGACUUUGUACGAGGCCGUUAGUAGUAGUGGUGGUGGGGUCAGUGGUUCAUCUAGUUUUUCCGGUAUGUCAGUUGGAAGAUCUACGUCAAAUUUUCGUAAUUAG